AAUUAUAGAAAACUCACCAUAAGAAUUGUGAAGCCUAACAUAAGCUCCUUCUAUAUAUAUUGCUCCCAUAAACAAAACUCUAAGCACUUGCCAAAGAUUAUAUUCACUACGAUACAUUCAACCCACCCACCAUGAAACAUAAUACUUUUAAUAAUAAUAUUAUGCUGCUGCUUGUUUUUCUUCUAUUCAUUUGCAAUUUUGAGUAUUGUUACUCAAAUAAUGCUAGCUGCAUUGAAGUGGAACGAGUUGCUCUUUUAAAGUUCAAGGAGAGCCUAAUCGAUAGAUCAAAUCGUCUCUCCUCAUGGACCGGUCUUGAUUGCUGUGCAUGGGAAGGAGUUUUUUGUGGCUCCGUAACUGGUCAUGUUUGGAAGCUUGACUUACAUAACCCAGUUACACUUACAACAUAUGAUGAUGAUGAUGAUGAUGUUUGGUCCGGAGUUUUGUCAAACUAUAUCAACAACUGCUUGAGAGGUGAGAUCACUCAUUCUCUAAUCAACUUGACAUAUUUGAGUUACCUUGAUUUAAGCUUCAACAAUUUCUCUGAGAUCCAAAUUCCUGAAUUCUUGGGAUCUUUUAAAAACUUGAGGUAUCUUAACCUCGCAAACUCGGGUUUUGUGGGAAACAUUCCCCCUCAUCUUGGGAAUCUUUCGAGGCUAGAGUAUCUCCACCUUGGAUCUGUUGCGACUUGGUUUUAUUCAUUGAUUGCAAGUGACUUGGUUACAAAUAACUUGGAUUGGUUGGCCAGCCUUUCUUCUCUAAAAAGCCUUGACAUGUCUACAGUUUUCAUUCAACGAAGUGAAAAUUUGUUUGGCACAAUCAAUAAACUUGUAUCUCUCUCUUCUUUAAACUUGGCUUCUUGUCACCUUAACAUUACCAAUCCUCCUUCUUUACUUGUUAAUUCCACUUCUCUCAUCUCCCUGAAUCUCGAAGAUAAUACAUUGGAUACCAUGACCCUUCUAUGGUUAUCUAAUCUCACAAGACUUGAGCAUCUCAAUCUAGCUCAAAACCAUUUUAGUUAUAGCUUCAAUUCUUCACUGUUAUUUCCAUUUUUGUGUAAGCUCCUCAAUUUGGUUUCCAUGGAUCUCAGUUGGAAUAAUUUUCAAGGUUUGAUUCCUCAUUGCCUUGGAAAUUUGACUUCUUUAACCUCUCUUCAGUUAGGAUAUAAUAACUUUGAAGGUUCAAUUCCAAGUAGUAUCAGUCAUCUUUGUAGAUUGCAAAGUCUAGAUUUAUCUUCUAAUAAUGAACUAAGUGGGUCAUUGAUAGAUUUCUUAGGGGCUCCAUGUGAGUGCCUUUCACAUAGUUUGCAAAUGUUAUCCUUAGAUUCCAACCAUUUUACGGGUCAACUACCAAAUCAGUUAUACAAAUAUAAAAAUUUGAAGAGACUUUCUCUCUCUUCAAAUUCCCUCUCUGGUCCCAUACCAGAUUCACUUGGAAAUUUGUCAAUGUUGUCUUUCAUAGAUAUUUCUGAAAAUAAGUUCAAUGGUAGCAUUCCCACAAGUCUUGGACAACUUUCAAACCUUCAAACUUUAUAUAUAUACGAAAAUUCCUUCCAGGGCAUUCUCUCCGAAUCACAUUUUUCAGAACUUACCAAUCUCAAACAAUUGGUAAUAUAUGAAAAUUCAUUAUUUCUUGAUGUAAGCUCCAACUGGAUUCCUCCUUUUCAAUUGGAAGACAUUCACAUGGGUUCAAUCAAAGUUGGCCCUCACUUUCCACAAUGGCUUCGUACCCAAACAAAAGUUCAUAUCCUAUGCAUGUCCAAUGCAAGCAUCUCAGAUACUAUCCCUGAUUGGUUUGGAAAUUUUUUCUGGACUUGCAAUGAUAUUGAUCUCUCUAAAAAUGAUAUUAGAGGAGAAAUCCCCAUGAGUGUUGAAGUUGGUUACAUGAAUGAAUUCAAGCAAGGUUGGAUCUAUCUUUCCGACAAUCAUUUGAGUGGUGAAAUUCCAAAGUGGUUAUGCAAUUUAAAACGUUUAGAGAUCCUUGAUAUUUCUUCAAAUAAGUUAUCUGGAGAAAUACCUUCGUGCUUUGGAGAGCUACAAGAGUUGGAAUUUUUAGAUUUGGGGAAUAACUGUUUAUAUGGUAACAUUCCAAAUUCAUUGGGAUCUCUAAGUAACCUCUUCUCUCUGCAUUUGCAGAACAACAAAUUUGAAGGGGGACUCCCUUCAAGCUUGCACAAUUUAGGAAGCUUGAUCACCUUGGAUUUAAGCGAAAAUGGAUUAAUGGAUGUUAUUCCCCCUUGGAUCGGAGAAAACCUAUUGAGUCUCAGGUUUCUUAAUUUUAAGAAAAAUAAAUUCUUUGGAGAUAUUCCAUUGCAAUUGUGUUACCUGAAUGCUCUUCAGUUGUUGAACUUGGCAAAUAACAACAUUUCUGGGCAUAUCCCUCCGUGUUUCAACAACUUCACUGCAAUGGUUAAUGACUCCAUUUCUGGGGAUGGUAUCAAUGACUACGGGUACGUGGAAAACAUUUAUGAAGAUAUAAAAGGAUUACAUUUGCGGUAUACUAGAACUCUUCUAUUUCUUCGAUCCAUUGACCUUUCAGGGAAUCAUAUAAUUGGAGAGAUCCCAACAGAAUUAAUGUGUUUGCUUUCAUUGAAUAACCUGAAUCUUUCUGUAAAUCAUUUGAGUGGGAAUAUUCCUCAGGCUAUUGGCAAUUUGAGCAAAAUUGAAUCUCUUGAUUUGUCAAGGAAUGUGCUCUCCGGUCACAUUCCUUUAAGUUUAUCGUCUUUGACUGCUCUGAGCUAUCUAAAUCUAUCAUUUAACAAUUUAUAUGGAAGAAUACCAACAGGACGUCAACUUCAAACCCUCGACGAUUCCUCCAUUUACAUUGGAAAUGAAGGACUUUGUGGCACCCCACUUUUGAAGAGCUGCCCUGGUGAUGAUAAACUGUCGCCGCCAUUGGCUAAUCAACCUAUAGAAACAAAGUUAACCAAUGAUGAUCGUGAGUUUAUGAUGUGGUUCUACACUGGUAUGGGACCUGGUUUCUUUGUUGGAUUCAUAGGAGUAUUAUGUACUCUAUUGUUCAAGACAUCUUGGCGCUAUGCAUAUUUCAAAUUUUUGGAGAUUGCUUUCAACAAAGUACUAUGUGGCAUUUCAUCAACUAGCUACAGGUUUGUCUUCCAUCAAAUACUACUUUAAUUUUGUGAUUUUUGUCCAAUAUUAAUACAAAUUCAAUGAUUACAUAUAUUAUUGAAGUUGUAAAUCAGAUUUUGACUCUUACGGGGGAAUUCAUAGGUUUGCAUUUGGAAUGGUCCUUAUUUGUUACUUAAUACUAAAACCGUGAUAGAACUUAUAAAGCAAUGUAUUUAACAGGGUAGACUGCACAUUUUACUUCCUGAGAUUCAUACUCAUAGGUUUGCAAAUUUAUUUCAUCGGUUAUAUGUUAUUUUUAAUUGUUCUCUAAAAUUGUUGGUUUUAAUUUGUCCACAUAUCACAACAAUAUAAUUGUUAAUUCCAUCUUAAUCUUACAUUUGCUUAUGUUUUGGUCUCCUUUGUGUAAAAUAAAGACAG